CAUUAAUUUAUUUGUUUUUGUUUGAAAACAAAAACAUACGAACGGUUUUUUGCCUAUAGUGUGUGUUUUUGUUAUGCAACAACAUUUAAUUAAGUAAACUUUUUAGAUUCUAGCAUUAGAUUUUGUGAAACCUUUCAACGAAGUGCAUUUAUUUAAUUGUGAUAUUAGUUAAGUUCUUAAAGAAAAUAUAAAAUAAACAAAAAUCAAAUAUGCUUCAUAAUAGUAUACGAUUGUUGAACAAAACUUGUCGUCUCCCGCCACGCCAACUGUAUCAGUUAGUCGCCUUUGAGCAGCAGCAGAACCAACAUCUCGUCAAGAAACGUGAAUAUAGCACAGCCGGAAUAAUGGAGAAAUUCGAUUUGCCACAACGUCUGCAGGGUAGUGCUCCCAGUGUCUGGAAUGAAUACAUUGCCCUGGCCAUGGAAUAUAAACCCUUGAAUUUGGGCCAAGGUUUCCCCGAUGAUGCUGCUCCCGAAUAUGUCACCAAAGCUUUGGCUGAAAUUGCAAACGAUGAGAACCCUUUGCUACAGCAAUAUACCCGCGGUUUUGGUCACAUGCGUUUGGUGCAAGCCAUUGGAAAAUUGUAUUCCAAGCUUUUACAACGUGAAAUAAAUCCUCUCAACGAAGUCUUGGUAACAUCUGGAGCCUAUGAGGCCUUAUAUUCAGCCAUUAUGGGUCAUGUUGAUGUUGGCGAUGAGGUCAUUAUUAUUGAGCCAUUUUUCGAUUGUUAUCAUCCCAUGGUUAAGAUGGCUGGAGGCGUAUCCAGAUUUAUACCAUUGAAGCCAACCAAAACCGAAGGUACAAUAUCCUCGGCCGACUGGGUCUUAGACGAGCAAGAGCUAAAGAAUAUGUUCAACAGCAAAACCAAAAUGAUAAUUUUGAACACACCCCACAACCCAAUUGGCAAAGUGUUUAAACAAAAAGAACUUGAACUUAUUGCUGAAUUGUGUAAGAAAUGGAAUGUCCUUUGCCUCUCGGAUGAGGUAUAUGAAUGGAUGGUAUUUGAUGGUAAUAAACAUAUACGCAUUUGCACUUUGCCGGAUAUGUGGGAACGUACCAUUACAAUUGGUUCCGCUGGUAAAACAUUCUCGGUAACCGGUUGGAAGACAGGUUGGGCAUAUGGUCCAGCAAAUUUGAUACGCAAUUUGCAGAUGGUACAUCAGAAUUCCGUUUAUACUUGUGCAACUCCAUUACAGGAAGCUGUAGCUCGUGGCUUCGAAUUGGAAAUGACACGAUUAGAUAGCCCAGAGUGCUUCUUCAAUAGUUUGCCCAGAGAGUUACAGGUUAAAAGAGAUUUUAUGGCCAAAUUUUUACAAGAUGCUGGCAUGAAACCUACCAUUCCGGAGGGCGGUUACUUUAUGUUGGCCGAUUGGACUAAUUUGGAAAAGAAAAUCAAUAUCAACUCCGAACCUGAUAAAUAUCGUGAUUACAAAUUCACCAAAUGGAUGACUAAAAACAUGGGUUUGCAGGGCAUACCUCCCAGUGCUUUUUACAGUGAUGAACACAAACAUUUGGGUGAAGAUUUUGUACGCUACUGUUUCAUUAAGAAACAAGCCAAUUUGGAAAAGGCCUCCGAAUUAUUGGAAAAGCUGAAAAAUAAUUAGAAAAGACACAUACCGUUGGGUGUAUGGUAUUUGAAAGAGGUUACUAUUUUAUUGAAGUUUAUAUAUUUAGAGAUGUUUAUGUACGUUUAUGUAAAUAUAUGGCAAAAAGAAAA